AUGUAUGUUAAAGAUAUUAACAGAGCCAUCCAACUGAUUGAUGCGCUGUCAAGUCAUAGAAGCAUUCCUUCCGAGAAUUUACAGAAAUUAAAAGAAGUUUUAGAAAGCGACUUCUGUAAAACUGUUCGAGAGGUGUACGAAAGCGUAUAUGACACGGUAGAUAUCAACACUGGAAAUGAAGAGAUUACAGCCCAAGCUACCGCCAAGGCUACUGUCGCUGCAUUUGCAGCCAGCGAAGGCCAUGCUCAUCCACGUGUUGUGGAGUUAUAUAAGGGUGAAGAAGGUUUAGGUUUCAACGUUAUGGGUGGCAAGGAGCAAAACUCUCAGAUAUACGUGUCUAGAAUUAUACCAAAUGGUAUCGCAGACAGAGAUGGCAGAUUACAACGUGGUGAUCAAAUCUUAUCCAUCAAUGGAGCUAGCGUUGAAAACGAAUAUCAUGAAAAAGCAGUUAAUAUGCUGAAAAAUGCGCAAGGCAAGAUUAGCGUCGUAGUCAAGUAUGCUCCAAAAUUUUUGGAAGAAAUGGAGCAAAGAUUUGAUAAGCGAGCCUCGCGUAGAGCAUAA